ACAGAGUUCUGAGGGGGACGAGGGAGACGAGGGGGCCAAGGGACCAGGCCCUCCAGGGGGCCAGCUCGGAUUGUGGCAGUUGGGAGACAAUUGGAGGGAGGGGUUCUCCCGGCUUGGGAAUGCAGCCAAAGGGAACCCCACCAGGUGGCCUUUGGGUCUCCCCGGCCCUCGGCAAUCGUAGCGGGGAGAGGAAGGCCGGAGACGAUAGGAGACGCUGCUUGCUGAGCCCGCCCAGAAGGGCUGAAUAAUUCAAAAGGGAAGGUCACACGACCCCCCCCCCCAAGUCCCAGGCUUCCUCCCCCUGCCCCACCCGGCAUCUGGUUACCACCCCGGAUCAGAUUCUGCCAUCCCAGCCGGUGAAUAAUUAACCUGCCUGCAGGCCCGUCCCCACCCCAGGCGGCCCUCGGGAGGCCUCAGGUGCCGUGAGGACACUGUUGGGCCGCAAGCCUUGGUCCGGUCUGGGAACUGGAGCUCUCCAGACGCUCGGCCUCCCCAGUGCUCUUCCUCCCCGCAGCACCUUCUUCCCCACUCCGAGCCCAAGAUGGAGCAGUUCUACCGGUCCACAAUGGCCAUUUACAAGAGCAUCAUGGAGCAGUUUAACCCAGCCCUGGAGAAUCUCGUCUACUUGGGCAACAACUACCUUCGUGCCUUCCACGCGCUGUCGGAAGCGGCCGAGGUCUACUUCAGAGCCAUCCAGAAGAUCGGGGAGCAAGCCUUGCAGAGCUCUACCUCCCAGCUCUUGGGUGAGAUCCUGGUCCAGAUGUCAGACACCCAGCGGCACCUGAACAACGACCUGGAAGUGGUGGUGCACACUUUCCAUGAAGACCUUCUGCAGCACAUGGAGAAGAACACCAAGCUGGACAUGCAGUUUAUCAAAGACAGCCGCCAGCACUAUGAGAUAGAAUAUCGCCAUCGGGCCGCCAACCUGGAGAAAUGCAUGUCGGAGCUGUGGAGGAUGGAGAGACAGAGAGAUAAGAAUGCACGGGAUAUGAAGGAGAGUGUGAACAGGCUGCACGCCCAGAUGCACGCCUUUGUCUCUGAGAGCCAGAAGGCGGCCGAGCUGGAGGAGAAGAGGCGCUACCGGUUCCUGGCCGAGAAGCACCUGCUCUUAUCCAACACCUUCCUGCACUUCUUCGGCCGGGCCCGGAGCAUUCUCCAGAGCAAAGUUAUCUUGUGGAAGGAACAGUCGGAAGCCAGCCGGAACCCAUCCCGUGCCCACUCCCCGGGCCUGCUGGGCCCCAGCCUUGGGUCAGCCUACCUCUCAGGCCGCCUGACCCCCACCCGCCUGGAGAUGCCCCAGAGGUCUCUGGGAGACUUCAGCUCUCCCCGGAGCCGGCAUAGCUCGGGCUCCUACGGCCAGGAGCCCGGCGAGGGGAGGCCUCUGUCCCAGCUGGAGCCGGAUCGUAUGCCCCUGCCCCGGACGCCGUCAUCCACCUCCCUGUAUGCAGGCAGCGCCCCGCGGUCCCGCUCCAACUCGUUCGGGGAGCGCCAGGGCGGCGGCAGGGCCCCCCGGCGAGCUCAGGCCUUGGUCUCCCACUCGGACAAUGCCAACCAAACCUUGCUGCCCUUCUCUGCCGGCGACGUCGUCCUGGUGCUGGUGCCCAAAGCCCAGAAUGGCUGGCUCUACGGCAAGCUGGAGGGGUCGUCCGCGAGUGGCUGGUUCCCUGAAGCCUACGUGAAGCUCCUGGAAGAUCUGCCCGUGGCCGAGGUGCCCUCCAGGUCCUACCCACUGCGGGGCACUCACAGCCUGGACAACCUCCUGGACCGCCCUGUGAGCACCUCAGGGGCCUCCGAGUACUGGGACGGCCAUUCCCGGCCCCACACCCCCAGCAGGACGACCAGCCGGGCGACAAGCCGAGCUCCCUCUCCUCCCCCGCCCCCCGCCAGCAGCUGCCGAAGCAGCGUGGGCAGCAUGGGGAUAGCCAGUGAUGGCAAGAAGCAGAUGGCCUGGGAACAGCAACCCCCGGAGCUCUUCCCCCGAGGCACCAACCCCUUUGCCACGGUGAAACUUCGUCCCACCGUCACCAACGACCGCUCGGCCCCCCUCAUCCGCUGAGGAUCCCCUGCUCUGGGGAGUGUCUCCCACGUGCAGAUCCAGCCUCUCCCAGCAUGCAGCAGAAGCCCCAGAAAGCACCUGGAAACUUCUUGUGUCCAAGCCAAAGAUCUCAGGGAUAUUGGGGUCCAGGGCACGAGCCCUCUGCCCACCCUCUCUUCCCAGUUGGGGCAGAGAUUCUGAAGCAAGGGAGACUGAGCUCCCCAAAUGAAACAGGGUGACUCAGGAUCAGGGUGUCAGGCCAGCAGGGCCCCAGCACGGGCCAUCUUCAACCAUCCACUUGUCCAUCCAACUGUCAGUCUAUCUGUCUAACCAUCCGUCCAAUCCAACCAACUGUCCAGCCAUCCAUUUAUCCAUCUGUCAAUCUAUCCAUUCAUCCAACCAUCCAUAUCCCUCCCUCCAUCCCUCCCAGGGGGCCAGAUGCAGCAUGGAGAGGCACCUUCCCUUUGCUGCUCCUUCCUCUCCCAUUAUCCCCCCCCCAGAGGCCUGAGAAGCUCUCCUCCCCUCCCCUCCCCUCCCCAGUCUUGGAACCGGCCCCAUGUUUGAUUGUGUAAGUGAGGAGGAAUUAAAGCAGGUGGAUCAAAGACAAAGCCAGAGCCAUCUGUGUGUGUUGUGUCGGGGUGGGGGCCCCAGAAAAACAAGGGUGAGGGUCUUGGGAAGUGACCAGGUCCCUAGCCCAGAUAGAGGUGGGGAAACUUGUUUCCUUUCUGGGAAGUUUUCUUGAACCCGAGCUGAAUGCUGCUGUGGUGUCCCCAGCCCCCAAACCCUCAUCUCUUCUUGGCCAUCCCAGCUCGGCACAGGAGACUGGAGGCUCCAGGAGAGUCUGAGCUCGGCCCUUCCCGGACCUUACGGGCUGCGUCCACACCCCGGGAGGGCCCCCACCGUGAGUGGGAGGGGGGCCUGGAGCCUGUGACAAAGUCAGUGUUGUUCCAGAGCGCCGCCCCCAACCCACCGGGCCCCUGGGGCUUAGCUGCCAAGGAAUGCCCCUCUCGGAGCCAGCCCGGGCCAGGCUCCUGCCCGAGGUGCCCCCACACCAGGAAUGUGGCAAGGGCUGGGGGGCUAAAGCGCUUAGGAGAUUAGGGGCCCCUCCCCCUCCAGGGGCCGGGCUCUAGACCAUCCACCACUCACAGGAUUAGCUGCUGAAAGGAACUUCAGAGAACGAUUCCAUCUCCUGGCUUUUCAGAGGAGGAAACUGAGGCACAAAAAGAUAACUCGCCUAUGGUGACAGAAACCCUAAUCCCAAAUUGGAACGCAGGAUCUGUGACGCUAGACGCCAGAGUUCUUCCCACUCACAUGCGCUGCCUAAAAUGGCUUUAUUCGGGCUGCCCUUUGGGGUUCGCCAUGAGUGACCCAGUGGAGAACAUGCUGGGCCUGGGGUGGGAAAGACCUCAGACACUUAGCUGUGUGAGCAAGGCCCUUUACUCUGCCUGCCUCAGUUUACCUAUCUGGGUAUGGGAUGGGUAUCCCUCCAGCCCCCAAAAGUGCCUCUGACAGUAUCUUAACGGUAGCCUGGGCCAUGCUGUUCCCGGCUCCAGUACUUCCCCCAGCACAGUUUCCCAUCAGGGUGGUCCCCUCCUCCUCACCCCCACCCAUUCCUCCUCCCAGCUACAGCCUGCCCCAGAGAAAGCUGCCAGGCAGAGCCAGGGAGGGGGAGGGGCCGUUUAAAGCUCGAUGGAGUCACUAAUCCCUGGGGUCCAGUGGGCUGUGGGGCGCCCGGGAGGGUCCGAGCCCAGCGGCAGCCAAAUGGCCUGUGGAGCCUGAUCCAGAGGGGCUCCCAUAGGUGGAAACAGCCAGAGAAGGCCAGGUCAGUGGCCCCCAGACCCCACACGGCCCCUCCGGUCAUUCUGGACUGGGUGGGAGGCUCGGGAAGCCCGGGUGAGCCGAGGGCCCAUCACCAGAGCAGGCGACAUAAGUGGGGCAGGACCGGGGCUGGAGCCAGGGCCGGGAGAGCGGGUUCAAACGCUACUAACUACCCUGCCUAGCAGUGUGACCCUGGGCAAGUCAGUACCUCCAUUUCAGACAAAAACAGUCAUUUCUAUUUUUAUUCUGAACUUAACUAGGGCCAGAAUCUGCCUUUACCUCAUAGCAAAGGACUUUACACAGAGCCGCGGUCUCUCCGCCCGACGGCCUGCUUCCCUUUUUGGUACAUACUACGCUGGGCUUUCAAAGAUGGAUGCUCUCAGCUCUGAGACUCUGCUUUCUCUCUGCAGCUUCCUGGUCUCCUAUUCUCUUCUCUCCAUUGGGAAAAAAAAAAGACCCCAUUGACCCUGUGGUUUUUUGUUUUUGUUUUUGUUUUUUUUUUUUUUGAACCUCAGUUUGCAUCGUUGUAAAAUAGGAACAAUAACCUUUUAUCUUCGUAGCUGUUUAGGGCAGCUGUGAGUGGAGGUAUAAUGGGCAUUCUGAAGCCUGGGACAAACCUGGCUGAUGGGGAGAGCCAGGGGGAGGGGGACGUCUCUGUCACAACAAACCAUACCAGGGGCCGGUGUCAUGACAGACUGGGGAAGCAGAGGCAGUAGGAGCGGGGUUCAGGGUGUUCACACGAGGCAAGGGCUCAGGGGAAGAAGACAUCAAGCAGAUACUGGGAGGAGAGGAGGAUGGAAAGUUACUUGGAGGUCCCGAGACAACAAA